GAAGAGGAAUUGAUCAAGAGAGGCUCCCUGGAGAAGACAUGAUUUAAUAAAGGGCUUUGUAGAUGGGGACAGCUGUAGUCCAGUGGAUCUGAGUAAACUCCUUGAGGGCAGUAACUCAAUCAAUUUCAUUGAUUGAAGAAGUUCCAGGCUGAGAAAGGGCCGAAGCAAGAGGACAAAGAAAUCCAAGUGAGGAAAAAUAUAGAUCUAUUCGGAUUGAAAAUACAGCCUUUUUCACUAGACUACUGCCUGUCAGAGGAGCAGUUCAAUGUUUAUUUGAAAUGGGAUUUGAAGAAGGAGAGACCCACCUCAUAUUUCCAAAGAAAGCAUCAGUUGAGCAGCUCAAGAAGAUUCGCGAUCUUAUCGCUGAAGAGAGAAGUAGUAGACUGAAUGGAUCAAGCACGGGCCCCAUAGGAGGGGAAUCUUCUCAGCAACCGACAAGCCGCGAUCAGCCUGUCCCAUCUCAGUCUGCCCCAACGGUGGCUGCUGACUCGACCUUAUUACAAACCCUUCAUUCCAAUUUUCAGCAUGUGCUAGUCUACGAGAAUCUCUCUCUCCAGAAGAAAGCAUUGGCCUGUAUUCCAAUCCAAGAGCUGAAAAGGAAGUCUCGAGAAAACCUAGCAAGAGCCAGUCAAGCAGAUGCAGGUAGUAAUAUGAAUGAGGAAGACUUUCUUCUUCUGGAGCUAUUGCAGUGGUUUAAGGGAGAGUUUUUUCAGUGGGUGAAUAACAUUUCAUGCAGCAAGUGUGGUGGGCAGACGGAAUCAAGAAAUAAGCUGUCUCCUUAUGAUAAUGAGAGGAGAUGGGGUGCAAAUGUAGUAGAAGAUCAUUACUGUAAUUUAUGCCAAUUCAGCAAUCGAUUCCCAAGGUAUAACAAUCCUGAGAAACUUUUGGAAACAAGAUGUGGACGCUGUGGGGAAUGGGCCAACUGUUUUACCCUGCUGUGCAGAGCUUUGGGGUUUGAAGCCCGCUUUAUUUGGGAUUCAACAGAUCAUGUGUGGACAGAAGUAUAUUCUUCUUCUCAGCAGCGAUGGCUGCACUGUGACCCUUGUGAAAAUGUUUGUGAUAAACCACUUCUGUAUGAGAUUGGAUGGGGAAAAAAAGUCUCCUAUAUUAUAGCAUUCUCCAAGGAUGAGGUCGUUGAUGUCACUUGGCGGUAUUCAUGUAAACAUAAAGACGUCAUCUCCAGAAGAACUCAGAUUAAAGAAGACUAUCUUAGAGAAACAAUCAAUAGUCUUAAUACAUGGAGACAGCUGUCUUUACCACAAAGCCGAAAGCAAGAACUCCUCCACCGAAUCAUAGUCGAACUGGUUGAGUUCAUAUCACCCAAAACUCCUAAACCUGGAGAACUUGGUGGAAGAAUAUCUGGGUCAGUGGCUUGGAGAGCAGCCCGAGGUGAAAUGGGUUUGGAGAGCAAGGAAAAUGUUUUCACACCCUCGGAGUGUGAGAAGACCUCUAAGCUGCUCCACCUCAGUUACAAUGCAGUGAAGGAUUGUUACACCCGAAUUUCAAAUAAUAAUGAAGAAAUUAUUGGCUGGGAAAAGGGUGUGUGGAAGAUGGAAUCCCUAUUCAGAAAAGUUGAGAGAGACUGGAACAUGGUGUAUUUAGCACGAAAGGAAGGGUCAUCUUCAGCCCAUGUCUCCUGGAAGUUUGAGUGUGGGUCAGCUGGGCUAAAAGUGGAUAACAUUUCAGUCAGAACAAGCAGUCAGACAUUUAAUAGUGGUUCCGUCCGUUGGAAACUGUGGUCUGAUAGAGCUCAGGUUGAGCUGACAGGAGAUAAAAAUCUGCGUUCCUAUCCUGAUUUUUCUGAUGCCACAGAAAUUAUUUUGGAAGCAGAACUAAGUGGUGGAGAUGAUGGUCUUGCCUGGCAGCAUACUCAGCUAUUUAGGCAAAGCUUAAAUGACCGUGGAGAAAAGUGUUUGGAGAUAAUUAUAAAAUUCAGUGAUCUUUGAAAAGCUGAACAUUACGGAACUACUGGCAAUAGUGAGGCACACUAGUAUGGUCUCAAAUAUUCUGUUGAUUCAAUGAGAAAGUGUAAAGGCAAUUUACCACUCUUCACCGUGCUGACAGCACAUAUUUCCUUUCCUGGGUUUCAGUCAUCACUCCCUCAUGGAAAUAAUAGGCCUUUAUAUUGUGGCCCAUUGUAGGAGCCUAGAAUUUUAAAAAAACUUUCUCCUUUUAACCUAAAUCAUCAAUUUUUAUUUUAUUUCAUACAAAGGGUAUUUUACACUAAAAGAUCCUGAUAAAGUGAUUAUGGUAAACAUGGUGUUUUAAAGUUAAAUUUAAUGUAGUAAAAUUAUAAGAUAGCAUUAAUUAACAGUAAUUUGACAUUUUCUAGCUAGCUAGAAAAAAAUGUUUUUUAAGUUUUAACUUGAAAAUAUCUGUUAGGAUAUACUCCAUGAGAGUAUAUCAGUGCAAAAUAUCUUUUUAAAUGAAUGUAAAUAUGGAGGCAUUUUAAAAAUUAAUAAAAUGAAUUAUUUUCCAGUAUACA